UCUCUCACCGCCGCCUUCCAGUUCUGUUCCAGUAUGCGGCUACAUCAUUGAUCCAUUUCAACCUGGGUCUUUCUCUUAUCCAUAAUUCUAGCACGCUCUCCAUAAUUUUUUUUAGGUAUUCUCUCCUCAGCCAUGUGUGCCACAUGUCCUGCCCGACUGAACGUGCCCACCUUGAUGAGCCGUACUAUAUCGAUAUCUCCGUACAAGCUGAAUAUGCCCGUACAAGCAGGAAUAAAUGGUGGAUUGGGAAUCUGCACUCAAUUCCUUCCUCCAUUACCAUUCUAAAGCUGAACAUAUGGGCUAUAGUGGACCUUCGUUUCCUGAAGCCAGUCUGAUAUUCUCCAACCAAGGGAGAUGAUCUGUUAUAUAGAAUAACAGAUAUGACUAUGUAAGCGCUAGGGAGGAGGAAAAUCCCGCGAUAAUUUGUACUUAUUGUGUGGUACUCCUCUGGCAGCUCCUAAUCAUCAUUCCAUACUCGGAGAAUCAGAUUGUUCAACUCCUUGUGUUGUUCUUCUCCGCCGUACUCGAGUUCUGCUGUUAUCUCAUCUGUUCCUGGGUACUUAUGAUUUUUCAAUCGGCCAACAACUGGAUCUGGGGAGUUCUUUUCUGGUCUCUCUCUUCUUUUCUCCCACUACAUCUUUGGCUGUUUUCUUAAUUGACCCGUUCAAGGCUAACCAUGCCUCAUCAACGCUCGAUCCUUCCUCCAUUUUUAUUAGUUUGUACAAUUCCUUAGUAAAUUAAUUUCUUCUAUUAAUUUCAGUGAGAAGAGGUUUCUUCCUUGGUACCCUAUCAUGCAGUUUAUCUAUCCUACGGCCUUCAAAAUUUUGCGCCCCCGGUUAUCUUAUCAUUAAAAUAUAAAUUUAUUUUUUAAGCUCUUUUAUACUAUUUAAUAUUUAUAUUAUAUUUAAUUCAAUAAGUCACUAAUCCAGUUUGCUUUAUUCUAUAAUUUUGUUGUGUUUAAGAUAAAAUUAAUUGAUCUCAUAAGCAAUUUGUAUAUAUUUUAUGAUUUGGAUUUUACUUUCUGCGUUAAGUAAUGUAUAGAAAUAGAUAAUUGGAGAUCAUUCCUCCUUUUAUCUUUACAACUAUCUAAUUAUAUUAUUAAAUUUUUCAAAUUAUAUUAUUUGCUUUUGGAUUUGAGUCUAGAUAAUAAAUGUCACAAUACUGGCCGUGACUGAUGAUAACAAAUAUUAUUAUUCAAGAUAUCAAUGAAAUCAUCAUUUGGAGUGAUGUACUGUUUAUAGAAGUACUGACCAGCGCUAGUCGAAAUUCCCAGAUGAGUUCAGGUUUUCCCCUCCAUCGUUUUCCUGGACGCUGUCCUCAUUUGAUUCUCAUCAAUACAGUUGGUUGGGUGCCGCUCACCCGGCACAUCUCGCUUCACUACUUUCAGAUCGUCUUUGUGUCAUGUAGUUUAUCGCUCGGUUCCGACGUCUUAGAAUCUCUCAGUUCUCGAUAUUUUCCCUUUCGAGAAGGCUGUAGUGUUCCAGUGCUGUUAGCGAGUGCGGUUUGCAAUGUUGAGGAAACUAUGGGAUUCGAUGGAAGACGACAACGUUAUCAGUUUAUUUUAUAACCAGGGGAGUCAUCAGCAGUCAGCCUAUCAAGCCCUGCGUGCUUUGCAUAGUAAGGAGAUUGAGGAGAGGGGAGAGAUUGUUUCUGUAGGUCGGAGCCUUUGCUGGCAGUACAUGAGAUCACGCCUGAAGAGAAGCGGCCUCUUCACAAAAAAGCGAGGACUUCAACGCCUAAGAAGCAGUCUUUCUCUUGGACAUGGAUCCGUCGUCCCGAGGGUCUUGCCUGCCCUGCUUGCUCUCGGUGCAGAGCUUGAACGGUUACGCCCUGAUGUUUACACAGGAGUUAGCAGGCAGGUGGGAAAUGAGCCUGGCAUGGCUCUUCGUGCGGUUGGAAAGCAGUUAUUCAUGAUAGGUAUGUCCUGGCCCAGACUCGUCUCAUUGUUUGCUGUCGCUGGUGGACUCGCCUGUGAUACUGUUCGUGCUGGCCAUCCAGAACAGAUGACACAGAUAGCAGAUGCUAUGGCAGAUCUUGUCGAUGAGGAACUAGCUUCGUGGAUAGCAGACAAUGGAGGAUGGAUGGGAUUGUGCCAAUACUGGAAACCUGUCAGCGAAGAACCAGCUUUUGGACACUACGUUGGACUCUUGGCAGUCCUUCUUCUGGUUAUGUUUCUUGUUGCAGUUGCAGUUAGAGUUAUAUCCUCAUCUGCAUAGAACCUAUAUAAUUUUGACACUGCAGCCAGAUAUAGCUAUUGAAAUGAGAAAAUAUACUUAGACAUGAGGGUUAUCGUAUGAACAAUGAUUUUCUCUGCAUUUAAAUUAAUCAAUAAUUAUUUUUUAAUUUAAAAUAAUGAUGUAAACCAUUUAUCAUAUUUUGAUUUAUGUGUUCGAUUGCAUAAGAUAAGAAAAAUAAUUAUAGACAAAAAUUGAAUCUCGCUAAAAUAAAUAUAGGGAAUACACAAAUGUACAGUAGUUAUAAAAAAGUGAAGAAUAAUGCUUUAGGAUUCAAGUUUAAUAUAUUUUAAAAUGUUGCUACCAAUUUUAAUAAAUGACUGUAGUCUGUAAACUCUGAGGGUAGGUAAUCUUUUAUUUAAAGAUACCCAUAAGUUAUCAGAAGCAUGAUUACAUUUUAAUAGUGUGUAAAUGAUUAUACUUAAUAAAAUGUUGUUUAAACCAAUGUUAUUAUUAAUUAGAUAUCAAUUUGUAAAUAAAUAAGUAUCUAUGUAAUAUAAAAUUUAAUAUUUUUAAAAAAAACUAUAGACUGUAAUUAGACAUAGCUAAUGAGAAAAUUGUUUAAUAAGUUGUAUAAAAUUAUGACUGUACUUACUAAAAUAUUGUUGUUACAACUAUGAUUAUUUAUUGUGAAUUUUUAAUGUUGAUGUUUAGUUUGAUAAGAUGUAAGUUAUAUACCUCUUUUUUAAAAUUAAUGUUCAAUAAAACUGUGAUAGAAUAACUAUUAUCUUGACGCAUGUUAAAAAAAAAAAAAGGGUGAGAUGUGCCAUUUAUAUUUUGUUUUUAUUUAUGUAUAAUCUUCUUGAUGUCUAAACUAUAUUACUGUUAGUAGUAUAUAUAUUUUUAUUUAUUUAAAUAACCAUCGGCUAUUUAUACAUUGAACAUAAAUUAUUUGAUAUCUGUAAGCAAUUUAUUAAAUAGUCUAUAAUAAGUGCUAACGAAUAGAUAGCUCCUAAUUUAGAAAGUAGAUUUCAAUAGUGUCUGCAACUUGAGAUGAAAUCUAUCUAACUGUUAGUAGUAUGUAUAUUUUUUAUUUAUUUAAAUAGCCAUCGGCUAUUUAUAUAUUGAACAUAAAUUAUUUGAUAUCUGUAAGCAAUUUAUUAAAUAAUCUAUAUUAAGUGCUACCGAAUAGAUAGCUUCUAAUUUAGAAAGUAAAUUUCAAUUGUGUCUGCAACUUAAGAUGAAAUAUGUGUUUUGUUGGUAAAAAGGAUUUUUCAAUAAAUGAAAUAUUAUUAUUUCUUUAGAUUUAUUUACAGUUCUUAAAAUAAGAUAAAUUAAUAAAUAUAAAUAAACAUUUAAAUUUGAAACAAAAUUUAAAUAUAGAUAGAUUACAUAGCCAUUUAUCACACAAGAAUAUUUUUAACAUAGUAAUUUUUUAGACAACUUCGUCAUAGCUUUUCUAAUCAAGCGAUAACAAACUGUAUGAAACAAAUAUUAUUAAAUAAAGAAUGAGAUGGAACAAUCCAAUGAAAUUUAGAUUUUUUUUUUUAUUAUCAAAUAGUGAUUAUUAGGUAGAUAUAUUUACACUUUUUAACAAUUGUUUUGCUUAAAACUUUUUUCUAUGAUAAACGAUAAAUAAUUUUCUUUUCUCAUUAUACAAUUAUACACUAUAAUAUUAUAAGCUAGGUAUUGUUGACAGACUUCACAAAUACAGAUAAUAGAUAAGAAGACCACCCAGCUUGCUGAAAUAAGACAAGUUUCAGAACUGGACAAUUUUAGGAAGCUUUUUACAAAAUAAAAUUAAAUGAUUGGACUUCAAACAGUUUAUUGUUAGUCUUUCCCAGAGAAUUUUCAUCGUUGACAGUAAAAAAGCAAACUAAAACAGACACUUAUUGAGCUAUUCAAGGAUUUGUUUUAUUUUUCAUACAUUCUAAUACACAACUCUAUAAGAAAUCUCUUUCUUUCUUUUCCAAAUUAGAGUACAUAGACUUUUUCAUGGAUAUUGUCAUAUAUUAUCUUCUAAUCAAUUGAAAGAAAAAAUCACAAAGUAAAAUUAAUAAGAUAAUUUCAAAUAAAAUUAAAAGUAUAUCAGGACAUUUCAUCUGUCAAGGAAUGUUCAUACAUAUAUAUUACAUUCACAAAAUACCUACAAAAAAACACGAUUUCCUUGAAUAAUUUUUUACUGAAUAUCAUUUAAAAAGUAAUUAAAUGAAAGCUUUAAUAUGCCAAAACUAUUGGUGUUUAUUAAAUAAGUAAUUUCAUAAAAAUGAAAAUUAGAUGAGGAUAAUUAGAUAUGAUAACAUAUUCAAAAUUAUUCUCAAAAUAAAUUAUAAUCCAAAAAGUACCUAUCACUCGAAAUAGAUAUACUGAGGUUAUUUUACUUAAGAAUAUCAGUUGCAUGUAAACCAAGCAUAAAUAAAUAAAAAACUUAAUAGAAUGGCAGUUAAAAUAAUAUCAUCACAUUAUGAUUGUAAUAUCAUACAUAUAAAAUGAAUAGGCUAUGAAUAAUUUACAAGGAAUAAAACUCAAUAUUCAGAUUGAAACAAUCCAAAUUUGAAUACCAUCUUCUUAUGUGGGUAUGCACCAAAAACUUAAGCAUUUCAUUGAAUUUAUAUCAUAUAAAAAAAAGAAAAGAAAGUAAUAACGAGUAAUGAAAGCUAGAGAGAAUCAGAAAAGAAAGUUAACUUAUUAAUUUACCUAAAUCUAAUUUAAAGCAUAAAGUUUUGGGUAUAAUCAUAUUCUAUUGUUGGAAUAACAGAUUGAACAAAUUUGAGAAAUAUUAUCAGGUACAUAUGAACUCCAAGCUCGCCACCUCCUUCUAAAACAGUUUCUAUAAUUUUUUUCAUCACAACAGCAUGUCUGCAAUAAAAAAAAUAAAAGUAAUGAUCAUAUUCCAUUAAAAUUAUUAAAUUCACAUAAUAACUUAUUAAGGUGUAUGAAAAGAGGUGAUAGAUUUGGGGUGGAUGGUCAACCUUUAAUUUUGGUCAGGGGUCAAUAUAAUACAAGAAGUCAAUAUUAAAUAACUGCAUUAUUAAUGAUUCCAAGAUGAAUUAUAUAGGAGAAGGAGUGAAUCCCUAAAAUCGAAGAAUAUUUCUUUGAGUGUCCAACAAUGCUCUUAUCUGAAAUCUCAAAUUGUCAUGAAAAAUAAAAUGCCACUUGAAAUAAAUCGGAGAGUAGUAGCUACCAACUACCAACCGAUACUAUUUUGGCCACUACUCCAUGCUAUCAUGGAUCUAUUUUUUUUCUGGCAGUCAACUAUAGAAUUCAUAACUCUUCAAGAUUCUCUUCAAAUUCAAAGUUAGUAUAACCAUUGGAAAGCUGAAUUACUGAUAUUUCGACGAACAUCAAUAAUUUUUUGGAUUUCAUACCAUUUUAAGGAUUAAUCUAGAAAUACAGAAAAACUUCUCAAACAUUUUUAUUUUAUAUCAUUAGUUCUAAUUUGUUUACAGUGUUGUUGGUUAUAGUGUGUGGUAUACCAUUUUGUGUACCAUUUAUAGCCCUAAAUCUCUAACAAUUUUUGUAUAGAUUGGUGGAGCCAUUUUAAAGUUAUCACAUUUUUUUUUGUGGUUGUAGACAAAAUUUUGAAGGGCCAGUCACUUUUGGGCAGAAACUUUUAAUUUUUCUAUUGCUAUAAACAUUUGUAUUUAAUGGUUAAGGUACGAAAAACAAUUAUCAACUUUGUUUCUCCCUAAAAAAAAUAUUUACUCCCACAUUGCUGUGUCAGUUGGUCGGAAUUGUGCCCAUAUAAUAGCUAUCUGCCAAAUAUAAUGACUAUAGUAUUAUUCAAAACCAGUAAGGUAUCUAGAAUAAAUAUAUUUUCUGCAAGAAAGUUUUGCCUAAGCUGAACCCUUCAAAAUUUUUAAGGCAACCACAAAAAUUGUGGUAACUUUAGAUGGCUCCACGGAUCUACAAAAAAAUUAUUAGGGAUUUAAGGCUCUAUAUGCUACACGAAAUAGUACAAAAUCAAUCUUGGUAAACAAAUUAGAACAAAAAUAUAGGAUAAAAAUGAUUGAGAAGUUUUUCUUAAUUUAUAGUCCAAAAAUAAUUUAAAUCUUAAUUGAAUUUUGAGAAAAUCCUGAGCAGUUGUGAAUGCUUCAGUUAUCGACAGGAAAAAUAUCUUCAGUAUUCAAUUUUACAAUUUUUGAUUUCUUUAAAAUUAUGUAUUCAAAAGUUUCUAAGGGCACUUGAAACGAAUGAAAUUUGCUUUUUCAUAACAAAAAUUUACUUUACCUGCGUUAUGUGAAACGCCUUUUGGUUUUUAUAAUUUAUGAUACAUUAUAACUCAUUUAAUAUAAUAGUAAAUAUUAUUUUUUGGUUAUGCACAAAAAAAUGAUAGUAUUAAUAACUAAAAAAUCUGGUCACAGCAAAAGAAAAUAAACAACAUGAAUUUUGUUUGAAAUUAUAUAAUAAAUUUUUUUCCUUGGCUACUAGGGCCUAUUGGAAUAAAUGGCGGGAUGUGUCCAAUAUUUUUCAAUGUAAUAUCAUAAAAAAAAAAAAAAUGGUUGUAAUCGGUGACCCACUGAUUGUAGCAUCCCCAUGAAGGUACUGUCAAAGAGUACAAUUGAAUAAACAAGGUUUUACAAUGGGAUCCCAUUGAUUUGAUAAUAAGCUUUUGAAGUACAUUUGACUUCAGGCAGAAAUCCUGGACCCCACCAUUUGAGGGAAGUUCAGAGAAGAAAUACAUUUUACUUUUGCGUUCAUAAAACCUAAGACUAGCAUUUGAACAAUAAUGACAAGUAAUUUUGAGAUGAACUGAUGAAAAAAUAUCUACCAGUCGCCCAGAGGCUUGGAGAGGGAUGAUUCAAAGUAGGUUCCUUUCAUUUCUUGGCAAAACCCGGAGGGAAUUCAACAUUACUGCCUUUGAAAUUCUGAAUUUUGAAAUCAGCAAGCAGCAACCGCAAUGUUUAAUGAAUUUUCAAAACAAUUUUUGUUUUUAUUCUCAGAUACUAUUAAAUCAAACUCCUCAAUUCUCCAGUUGUACUCGUGAAUCAGGAAAGGUUGAGUAAUAUCCUGUUGGGUUUUUAGAAAAAUUAAUUUUUGCUACCUGAGUCUGUUAAAAAGUUCAAAGGCCAUUUUCUGACCUUAUUACGAGAAAUAGCACCUGAUUCCUUUAAUUUAAUUCAGUAAAGCAAACACAUUUAGAAUAUAAAUCUAAUCGAUUAACCACAAAUAAACAUUUUAGAAGAGUCAUCCCCACACAUGCUAUAAUUAUUUUAAAGCCAGAACUAAUUGAAAUAAUAAAAUAGGGUUACUGGAAAGGAAAACAGAAGAAAGUUCAAACUUGUGCAUCCAACCACACUUUGUUAUAUGUCUGGAAAACAUUGCCUCUCAACAGCUGUAGUAAACAUUAUUUAUACAAAUUGAUUUUUUAAUUAAUUUUGACCUCUUUUCUACAAGAAAAAAAUAUAGCUGCAAUAGUUAAAUUGAAACUUUGAAUGAAAAAAUAAAGGAAAAAGAAAAUGUAACAAAAUUUCAAAAAAUCAAGUAACUAAACUUUGAGAAAAAAAAUGUUCAGUUUUUGCGUUCUAACACAACUUCUGACUUUAUUAAGGCCAAUACAAUUAUUAAAUCAUGUUUACUUUUAGAUAUUUGUUUUUUUUAAAAAAUAAGGGUUAAUUCCAAUUUGUGAAGAAAUAUAUUACAUAUGGAUAUAUUACAUAUAGGUAUUUUUGGAAAUGUUGAUGUAAUUUAAACAUUUUCAAAAAUUAUCAAAAGAAUGUCUAUAAUGAGGAAUUAGAACUAAAUGAUUUAAUUAUAUUCAACAAUGACCAAUGUAUUUUAUUGUGAAUAUAUUUGUCAUUUCAGAAAUACUUAAAUAAAAAGUUACCUGCAAGGGUGAACAGAAGCCAUAGGUGGACCAGGCAAAUGUGGAUGAGUUUCCAUAGUAACAGUUUUUUUUGCAUGAUCCUGGCUGACAUCAUCAUACAUUUGUUCCUCAGUUAGAGGUUUACGAUUCUAAUUAAUAAUAAUCAUAAGAAUUAUUAUACAAUAAUAAAAAUAAAAACUAUAAUCAUAUUAAGAUAUUCUGAAUGAAUCAAUAAUAAUUGAACCAUGGAAAUUCAAAAGGCUUAAGUACCCUUCAGCAAAUGUUUUUAGAGUAUUCCAAUAAUAUUAAAUUAAUAUGAUUAUUAAUUAUCAUCUGAAAUAGAAUGAAUAAUAAAAUCAUAUUUAUAACAGUAGGAACUUGGCACAAAGACUUGUUUCAGUGAAAGCACUAAAAAAAAAACCUUUUGCAUUUCCAUUUUUCAAUUUAUUUUUAUUUUUGACUAAUUACAUAAAAUCAAAGUAUAAAGCAAAUAAAAAAUACCUGACCACAAAAAGCAUUUAUUUAUUUUAUGCCUAAAAAUGCCAAUUGAUACAACUAAACUAAUUUUCUAUUCCUAAAUGAAUAACACUACAUAAGUGAAUUCAAAUAAAUUAGGUUUCUUAUCUUACAAUUAUAGUAGUUUUUAAUAAUUAAUAACAAGAAAAAACAUUUUUUUUACUACUUAUUAUUAUGAUCUAUGGAGAGAUGGGUUCAAAUUCCAAGACAAGUGUUAAUUAGUAAGAUUAAAUCAAUAUUUGGGUCCACUUAAUUUAAAAAGUAAUAGAGCCCAGAACCCCUAAUAACGAUCAAAUGUUUGACCAACAAACAAAACAGCUUUUUACACUUGUUACUAUUUUGGAAGCAUUCUAUAACCAAAUUGCUUUUUUCAAAAGAUUAUAGACUUUUAGAAUUAAAAAAAAAAAUUUAAUAAUUCAACAACAGCUGCUUUCCAAGAACCUGAUACAAAAGUACAUUUCAUUUUGAAAAAGUAAUCAACUGAAUAAUAUGUAUUGUAAUAAUGAAGGAUUAACACUACAAAUAGGGAUAGAGUAUGACUACAUACUUAAAAAUGACAAGUUUGAAAAUACUUAAUGGAAGGGUGGAGGUUGGAUGGUAGAAAAUGUGAUUAUACUUGGCUGUGUGUAAUUACUAUAUGUGUAUGCUUGUCUUUUCUAAAGGUGACUGUUAGAAAUCUAAAAAAAUUAAAUAAUUCCACACAUUAUUGUGUUCUCAAGUACCAUCAACCCAUUAUACAGUGGCCAGCAAAAGUUUUUAUACAGUCUGAUAGGAGAUAAAAAAAUCAACAAAAAUAAUUCUUUAUUAUAUAUAUAUAUAUAUAUAUAUAUAUAUAUAUAUAUAUAUAUAUUUCAUGGUUUCAUCUAAAAAUAUUUCUGCUUUGGAUUGGUCAUGGUAUUUGUAGAUAAUACUUAGUAUUUAUGGAAUUUUAUAAUCUUUUUUACCUUUAAUAAUCAAAAUGUGAUUGGGUAAGAAAGAUUAGAGAAAAAAAAAAUUGAAAAACGAACCAUUAUUAUUCUAAAAGAAAUUAAUUACAUCAUCGUUUAGUAGCGCGUGUUUCCUCCUCUUGCCUCGGCAUACUUUCCACCUGUCGGGAAAUGUCCCUUUGCUGGAGGAUAGCCCAUUCCUCCCGAAGAGCCCUUUCAAGGUCCUAAAGUGUAUCAGGAAGUGUUGCACGCGCUCUUAUUCGUCUUCUGAGGUUAUCCCAUAAAUGCUCAAUGGAGUUCAAAUCUGGAGAACGUGCUGGCCAGGCUAAAACCUCAAUAUUGUUCUGUUGAAGGAACGUCUGCACUACUGCACUAUGCGGGCGACAUGUGGGCGUGCAUUAGAAUAGAACGAUCGCCGAUUUCGUUGAGGAUAGGCCCAUACCAUUAAGGAACCACGUUGGAAAAGUUGGUGCUGGGAAAAAUUACAGGCUGCAUAUCUUUCGUUUCUUCUUCUCCACACCCUUUCACGCCCGUCUGGAGAUCGAACAGCGAAUCUUGACUCAUCUGUUAAACGUACAGCACUCCAUUCGUCCAUAGUCCAAUGGCUAUGUUCUCGAGCAAAAGCCAGCCGUGUUACUCUGUGAGUUCUGGUCAACUCUGGUCCUCUUAUUGGACGAAAAGCCAUUAAUCCAUACUCAUUUAAUCUUCUCCGAGCGGUACGUUCAGAAAUUUGCACACCUCGAACUUCUUCGAGCUGAUGAAUCGCUUGAACAACGGUAAGGUGCCGGUUUCGUAAAAUUCUCAAAGUCAAAAACCGGUCAUCCCGUGGUUCUGUUACCCUAGGCGGUCCAGAACCUAGGGCCUUCUAUUGUAAGAACCAGUUUCCCGAAAACGCUUGACGGCGUCUCGUAAACUUUCAUAUGGAACUCCGAUGACAUUAGCUGCAUAUCUAAUGGAACGUCCAUCAUCAAUAAGUGCCACACCACGCGCAACAUUCUCAGCACUAAGAGGCAUUUUUAAACUUAAUAUUGAAAAAAUUAAAAGCCGGAGACUAAGAAAUGUGCUGCAAGAAACGGCACUGAAAUAAUGAUACUGAAUAAACAUUUUGAUUCCAUAGAAAGUAAACAUUGGAAUCUAGAAUCAUUUCAUUGAAUUAAGGAUUAAGGAUUAUUGUCCUCUAUAUUAACAUUCCUAAUUGAAAAAAAAACAAAAAGAUUACCUAUUUAUUCAUUAAAAACAAUAGACCAAUCCAAAGCAGAAAUAUUUUUAGAUGAAAACAUGAAAAAAUCAAGUGCUCUCCUGUAAAACACUCAAUUUUUACAUACUACAUAAUUUUUGCACUAACAGUAGCGAGAUAUAUAUCCACUGAAUUUUUUUUUAAAUUAUAAAUUAUCAAAUAUGCAAUUUGCAAAUACGGAACUUUUUUGCAUUUUAAUAUUUGCUGAUAAACAAAACUCGUGGAUAUCAGCCCUGUAUAUGUUGAGAGGUUACUGAAUUUCCGAAUGCGGCUUCUUCCAGAGAUUUUAUUCUCAUAAGAAAAUUUUUAGAGCUUUUAAUAUAGAUAUUUUUUAGCAAAUGAAAAUGAUGAGGAAGUUAUACUGACCUUACUUGGCAAACUUUUUUUUUUUUAAAAGCACUGAAACUAAAUAGUUGGAACCUAAAAAAUUGUGGUGACAAAAAUUGUCUGCGCUGUUCAGUAAUUUUGUUCUAUAAAGUGUUAAGCAGUAUGAGAUUACAGUUUGUAGAGUCAGGUCCAGGUGUCGUGAUCUUGCACCAACUCUCAUCGACUCUGAUCUAUGGCUCGCUUCGCUAGUGCCUAGUGGACACUAGCUUUCCAGAAGAUGCAGGAUCUUCCUCUCUGUAUCCUUCCUUCCACAUUGGUUUUAUAGAUUUUCCUAAUCCAUCCUGAAGUGAUGUCCGAACCACCUUAAUUUCUUUUCCUCCAGACUCAUUUGGUUGAGUUCUGGACCCUAUCUUUUAUCUUCCCUUCCCAAUAUUUUUCAGAGUAGUCGUACACAAGAUAGAAAGAAACAUCAAUUUUUAUUUGGUUAUUUUGACUUUCUUUGUAGCUAUUAUUUUUUGAGGUUUAUUUAAUAUUUGCAAGCAUUUAGUCUUUCCUUGGUUAAUUUACAAAUUUAUUGCUGUUAGAUAAAAUAAUACUUGUGAGUGAAAAAUCUUUUAUUUAAUCAUAUACUAACAAUAUAUAGUACAAAAAUGGGCAUCACUAGAGAUUUUUCAAUCAAAACAAAUCAGUUUGCCAGCCUGGAGGAUGGCGAUGAUAACCAUAAUUUCAUAAAUAAACGAAUAAAAUUAAACUACUUACUUCAUCAUAUCCAAACAACCAGAGACGAGGAGUUUGAUAAUACUUGUCAUAUGUAAUAUGAAGAUCAUAUGUCCUUGUUUUCAAGAUCUCACCCCCUAUGUAGGAUUUCACUUUUUCUUUAGCUACAGUACU